CUGCCCAUGGCAUUUCCUCGCUGUCCCAGAUCCAUCUAGAUUUCCCGUCGAUAAUGUGCCUGCGUUAUUACGAAAUGGCUGCGACCCUGCGAAUCGCGCACCACUGACAGGAAGGAUAUUUGCUUGCCUUUCAGUGACAGUCUCCCUCUCGGACGUGACGAGACGUGAUUCAACUCGAGAUCCUGUUGACAAAUAUGGUUCUAUGCUGUCUUCACCUUCUUCGGAAAGUCGUGUAAGGUCGUCAUUUGGCAAUGCUAAUGAUGCUAAUGAGCUGAAUUAUAAACACGAGGCGAGUGAAACCGGGACUGGCAGCAUGACGGAGAAUACAGUGUUCACUGCGCGCGACGCCAUUCUCGACGUGGACCUGCACUGGGAAAUGAACUAUCACGAAGCAGCAAUAUUUUUAGAGGAAGGUAGAAACAAUGAGAAAUUUGAUUCUCAUCCGAGGCAUCCUGAAGAUUUGCCAGCAUAUCUCUUAGUCCACAAUAAUUGGUACAAUGGAUUGGACUUGGUGAUUUCGUUAAUUCUGCUGUCUCUGGCAUUCGUAGAGGAACCUGCUCUACCACUAUUCAAAGUACCAGUGGGAGUACACGGUACGGUAGAGUUGCUUGCAUUAAUUACUAUCGGUGUGCAAUUAGCUUUAAAGCUGAGAUGGACUGGCUGGGCACCUAUGUUGCGACACAAACGUACGAUGUUGAAGUGCAUCACAUUAGCAAUUAUGUUUCUCGAAGCUAUGACGGUCCUGGUACGGCAAUCCUCACAUUUCCGCGUGACGCGCGCCCUAAGACCUAUCUUUUUAAUAGACACGAAAUAUUGCGGCGGCGUAAGGAGAUUCAUAAGACAAAUACUUCUCACACUACCACCUAUCCUAGAUAUGCUGGGGCUUCUUUUCUUCUUGAUCAUUGUAUAUACCGUAUUGGGCUACUACAUGUUCACUGAAAUGAACAGAAAUUUCGCCACACUACAAGAUAGUUUCGUCAGUCUGUUUGUUCUUCUUACCACUGCUAACUUUCCGGAUGUAAUGAUGCCGUCGUAUUGCGAAAAUAAAUGGUAUGCGUUGUAUUUCGUGUCUUAUUUGUGUACCAUGCUGUACGUGAUGAUGAACUUAAUGCUGGCCGUGGUAAAUGAGACGUUCACAUCUCGCGAACGUGACAAAUUCAAGAAGCUGUUCCUGCACAAGAGAAAAGCGUGUCAGCAUGCUUUCAAACUUUUGGUUUCCAAGCAAGAUCCUGAUAAAAUGCGAUUCCGACAAUUCGAGGGUUUGAUGCGGUAUUAUGCUCCGAAUAAAUCUACGCGGGACGUUGUUUUAAUGUUUUGUUAUCUGAAUACAUCGGGGAGUGGCGCUUUAAAUAGCGAAGAAUUCUUAUCGAUUUAUGAUGCCAAUACGCUUCAGUGGGACUUGCAAUACUCUAACAUACCGUGGUAUCGCACCAUGUGGUGGCCUCUGCAAACGCUGUGUACAAGCGCUCAUACUGUUAUCAAGUGGUCGUAUUUCGAAACUUUGGUGUGCAUGAUCAUUACCGGUAAUUGCAUUGCCAUGGUAAUAAGAAUUCUUGAACCGACCUACAGUCUCGAGGAAUCGGCGCACGGAUUUGCCGCAUGUUGGGAUACUUUGCUGUUCGGGGGACUUUUCGUGGCCGAGGCAUUAACAAAAGUAUUAGCUCUUGGUAUUAAAUGUUACCUGAGCUCUGGAUGGAAUCUCUUUGACUUGUCGACAUCAGUAAUGAUGCUUGUCGCUGCGUGUGCUCUCAUUUUAUUCCCGUCAGCUACAUUUUUGGUUCUGUUCCGGCCUCUCAGAACGCUAAGAUUGUUUAAGAUUAAGAAACGCUACCGAGACGUUUUUGGCACCCUUGUAAUUUUAACUCCCCAAAUGUGUUCGACGGCGAUCGUUAUGUUGGUCUUGUAUUACUUUUUCGCCAUCAUCGGGAUGGAAAUGUUUGCCGGACACGAUAUGCGCAAUUGCUGCAAGAAUACGACCGUUGAAGAUUUCUACGAAUAUUCUGCCAAUGGUAGCACGGCGUUGGGAUAUUACUAUCUCAACACUUUCGACAAUCUCAUAGCAAGUGGCAUUACACUUUUUGAAUUAACAGUUGUCAAUAAUUGGUUUAUACAAAUGAAUGCGUAUGCAUUUACCGUGGGCAUGUACACAAGGAUAUAUUUCAUGAUAUUUUAUCUGGUGACCAUGAUCGUAUUAACUAUCGUGGUAUCCAGUUUCCUGGAAGCUUUUCGAUUUAGGAUACAGUAUAAAAAAUCAACUUCAAAACAUGACGAAGAGAAAAUGCUGCACGAAGAGGUAGAAUUAAAAUGGGAUGAAUUGCAAUGUAUGAUCGAAGAUUUUCAAAUGCUGGAAAAUCUACGCAACUCUUUAGUUGUCGGGGGAAGCACUCUCUUCACUGGUUCACGACCACGAACGCGAGAGGUUUUGCAAAGAAAGAUGUACACGUAUGAAAUAAACGAGUGGCUAGCUGAAGCAAAAUCCGAAGAAAAGCUACCUAAUACAUCACGUAACGUAGAAGAUGGAAGCGGCGACGAUAUUUCUGAUACCGAUCAUCUUGUACUAAACGGCAAUUUGCGUCAUCAGCAAAAUAAUAGUAUACCUACUCGAUAAAAUUGAUGACAUAACUUAGACCAUAUUUUGAAAAUUAAUUUAUAUAAUUCUCAUUUACGAUCAUAUAAAUAUAUUUAACACAUAAUGACGUAGCUCGCUUAGGCGUUAACGAAUAUAUUUUGACGAUAAAGAAAAAUAAUUUAUUAUGUUACAUCGAUCCUCGAUGUAACAUAUAAUAAAUUACAUCUUUUUUAACGAUCGAUAGAAUUUUUGAAGAUUAAGUAUAAAAUUUUAUUGCAAAUAAAAUGACUUUCUUCGUAUAUUUUGAUAUUAUAAACUAGUCAUAUUACAAAAAGAUUUUAUUUUUAAGAAAUAAUCAUUUUCUUAAACUCACGUUGAUGCGUAGAAAUGGUAGUUUCAUAGUGUAUAAUAAUUUAGGCGACAAAUAUAAAUAUUCAAUGAAUAUAUUUCUAGUAAAUAUAUUUUUACGAUUAUACUUUGACACAUCACCGAUUAUUGUGACAUAAAAAAACAAAUUUCGUGCAUCGGAUCAUAUCAUUUUGAUGUCACUUUAAUGCGGAAGAUAAGCAGUGUUAUCUUCAUUAUUUUAUAGAUCGCAUUGUGAAAUCGCUUAAUCCGAUUAAGGUAAAUCGCUAGUGUGGGCUCGAGGAUAGCGCGAAAUCCGGAGCAGGAUGAUUUUGCUUAUAUUUAUUAAUUUUUUUAUUAAAUAAAUAGAAUUUCAAACUGCAAAAUUUAACACAUAAAAAGAAUGAAGCAAUUAUCCUUUCAUCUCGAGUCGGCUCUGCGUAUCAUGCAAAUAUGACGUAUAGACAUCUCUAACAUUGUUAUGUAUUAUUAGCGCGAAUAAAUAUUUUAUUGUUAUUUUUCAUUGUAA